AUGUCUAAAUACGGGGUUUUGGUGAUGGGUCCAGCUGGGGCAGGCAAGUCAACUUUUUGCUCAGCGCUGAUAACUCACUUGCGGAACAAUCGCCGUUCGUGUUUCUAUGUAAACCUCGAUCCCGCCGCCGAAGAAUUUACCCACGAACCGGAUUUGGAUAUCAAAGAUCUAAUCUCCUUGGAAGAUGUUAUGGAAGAGAUGGGACUAGGGCCUAAUGGUGGACUGAUAUACUGCUUCGAAUUCCUUCUCGAGAACCUCGAUUUCCUCACCGAAGCCCUGGAUCCAUUGUCCGAGGAGUACUUGAUCGUUAUCGACAUGCCUGGACAGAUUGAAUUGUAUACGCAUAUUCCUAUCUUGCCGGCGCUGGUUAAACACUUAACGAAGACCGGUGCAUUGGAUAUAAAUCUUUGCGCGGCGUAUUUACUAGAGGCGACUUUCGUGGUUGACAAGGCGAAGUUUUUCGCGGGAACACUUAGUGCGAUGAGUGCGAUGAUCAUGUUGGAAGUACCACAUGUGAAUAUCUUGAGUAAGAUGGAUCUUGUCAAAGGAUCGGUUGGGAAAAGAGAAUUAAAGAGAUUUCUGGAUCCGGAUAGUACAUUACUGGACGACGCACCAGGCGAAGAAGAUGUGGAUGACGGUACACAACAGGCGGGAGAAUCGGGAACGAUGAUGAGAGGUGCAAGCUUCAAACGACUAAACCGAGCUGUUGCUGGUCUAAUCGACAGUUUCAGCAUGGUGUCAUAUUUGAGAUUAGAAGUUCAAGACGAAGACAGUGUAGGUGAAAUACUGAGCUACAUCGACGACGCGAUUCAGUACCAUGAAGCUCAGGAACCGCGAGAGCCAAACGACGAAGUAGAAUAUGAUGAGACAGCCGGCGAGAACUAA